AUGUCUGACAUUCAGGAAAGUGAAGAUGUUAAAACUCAAGGAGAAGGACCUAUUAAAGUAUCCUACGUUUUUCCCAAAGGGGACAAAUAUGAGGGGGAGUGCAACAGGUGUGCAGGUGUGAUGAUGAGAAGCGGUACCGGUACACACACCUCAGCAGGGGGCAUCAUAUACACAGGAGAGUGGCUGGAAGACAAAAUGCAUGGCAGAGGGACCCUGAAUCAUCCCUCUGGAGCACUCUAUGAAGGAGAAUUCAAAGACAACAUGUACCAUGGCACGGGAAGAUAUACCUUUCCAGAUGGCUCUACUUACAAGGGUCCCUUCAACAAGAACAGGUUGGAGGGAGACGGGGCGUUCACUAACACACAGGGACUGGUUUGGACGGGGGAGUUCCACGGGAAAGCAGCGCUGGGCCUGAACAUGCUGCACAACAUUUAGGCAAAACAUCAUUGUACUGGAAUGUCUGAAUCACUAUAUAUGAUCUACAUUCAAAUUAAAUUGUAUAGGAAAAGUACUUAUAUUUUCUGUACUUCAUUCUGACAGAAAGACCUGUAUUUCUGCAAAGAGCU